UGAGCACUUUCGUCUUUGACGCCGGGGCUUUCUUAGUCCCCAUGACAACUGCUCGUUUUGGCCUCAGCCUCCCCUGUCCUCUAUAGUAGUUCCCACCCAUUUGCGGAAGUUGGUACGCUCCUCUCCCAGUUGAGCCGGCGGCCGGGCAAGACCACCUUACUCGCCUGGGGGGGAACAGCCGAGGGUAUUGUUGGGUCAGGGGGCGCGCGCUGCCCGGGGGGUGGGUUGCUGUGGGUCCGUCACAACCCCCCUGCAGUUGCCGCCUGAAGCCCAGUGUCACCUCAAACACCACAGGGCGCGGCUGCCUCCCUUUCCUCCGCCGCCGCUCCCGCCUCCUUCUCCUCACCCACCCACCCUGCCACCGCCGCAGUGGUAGCGCCCGACUCCAGCUGACCGGCCUGGAAUCCCGGCUUCGAGCCCCGGCCCGGCCCCUCUGCCUUGAGCUCUCCCUUCCACUACCCGGGCCCUAAGACCAGCCGCGGCCGCCGCCGCCAUGGGAGACGCCGGCAGCGAGCGCAGCAAAGCCCCCAGCUUGCCGCCCCGCUGCCCGUGCGGAUUCUGGGGGUCCAGCAAGACUAUGAAUCUCUGUUCCAAAUGCUUUGCUGAAAAAAGAAAUCCACACAAUGAAAAAGAUCUUGCUUCAAGAAAUUUUCAAAAGAAGCAACCAGAUGAUGAGUCCACUCCCAGCACAAGCAACAGCCAAUCGGAUUUGUUCUCUGGAGAAAUAAAUAGUGACAACAGUAAUACCUCCCUAUCUACGCAGACUGUUAACUCCAGCCAGCAACUUUCGACAGAACUGAAUGUAACUUCACCGAGCAAAGAGGAAUGUGGGCCAUGCACAGAUACAGCUCAUGUCUCCUUAAUCACACCAACCAAAAGAUCUUGUGAUUCAGAUUCGCAGUCUGAGAGCGAGGCUUCUCCUGAGAAGCGACCACGGUUACUGGAGGACAGUCAUGACAGACCUGAAGAAAUCAACCGUUCCAAACAAAAGAGCAGACGCAGGUGUUUCCAGUGCCAAACAAAACUGGAACUGGUACAGCAGGAACUGGGAUCAUGUCGCUGUGGUUAUGUGUUCUGUAUGUUGCAUCGCUUGCCUGAACAGCAUGAUUGCACGUUUGACCACAUGGGACGUGGGCGUGAAGAAGCCAUUAUGAAAAUGGUGAAACUGGACCGGAAAGUGGGGCGAUCGUGCCAGCGCAUUGGCGAGGGCUGCUCCUGAGUGCAAGACUCUCUACAACCAAAUGCCGUUCUCUUAGUUCACUAAUGUUAGCCUUAUUUAGGACAAAGUCAGCCAGACACCUUGUACUGGGCAAGUUUCAGACUACAGCCAAUCAGUUUCCUUUCUUUAGCCAACCAUCCUGGUACUGUAGUUUAGGGGUUAAUGGUGAUUGACAUUGAUUUCUGGCUGGUUGUUAAGGUGCCUGCUAGCCACCGUAUUAAAAAAAAAAUGAAGAAAUAUUUUUGAGCAUGGCUAGUGGAUUAUAACAAAAAUCUAAGAGCUUCUGUUAUUUCAGGAGUCAAGCUCUUUAAAAAGAAAAAAGCCUUAUGCUGGCAAGUUUCCAGCAGCUGAGUAGAAACUGAUGUAAAAGACUGCUAUGUGCACAGCUUUCUGGAAGAAAGUACACUUAAUAUCCCGGCUUUCCUAGCCUCACUUCUAGCUAACCGUGAAGGGGUGAAACUCUGCUUUGAGCAGGCAGUGUAGCUGCUGAACCUAGAAGACCUAAAUGGUCACUUGUGCCAUCUUCUCAUGUGGCAUCUGAGGUUAGGUAGCAUCACCAGCAUCAGGGAAUCUCUUGGGGUGGGAACGUUUUCCUGGGAAGCCAAAAAGAGACGGGGACAGAUUCUUAUGACAACUUUUAUAUCAAACACAUUACAGGGAACCUGUUUCUUCACUUAGAUGGAGGAGGAGGGUCUUGCUUUAAAGUUAGCUCCAUUCUGGAACAAGCAGUAAACAGUGUGCAUUUUCUACGCAGCAUCCACAACAUUUCUUAAGCGGUGUGAUCGGAUUCCAUAUGCCAACCACUGCGGCUGUCCCCAUCAGCCAAAACCUGAUUGGCUCUUGUUUGCCUUUUGCUAAGUGCAGGUAUCUGAUAAUUGAUCAAAUAAGGCUAAUUCACAGCACAGUAGCCAUGGCUGGAUCCUACAGACUGACUUUCUGUAGCUAGACAUAUGUUGAGGGGGAAAGGACAUUUUUUAGCAAACGGAAUUCAGUAACAGUAUUGGGGAACAACCGGGAAAAUCACCCCUUAUUGAAUUGAGUUUGUAUGCCUCACUUCCAAUGUGUUAAGGAGAUAAUCAAAUGGGCUGUUCCAGCCUUGUGUCUAUGCAGCUCAGUACUCUCAGUGAAAGUCUCUGCCCAUCUUCUGUUGUGAAACCGGUAAUUGUGAAAUGCAUUGCAUAGAAUUGGAAUUCUCCAGAUCUGUUCUUUAGAGCUACAGUUCUGUAUUGUGGUUGGUCAGUCUCAUUGCAUUCAGCUGCACAAUCUUUAGCGUGCAGCAGCAGGAAAAGGCAGCAUGGGUCUGCCUGCAGCUACAGGCAAAGUCUCUGUAGGAAAAGAGAAUUUAUACUGAUGGUGGCUCAAUGUGGAAUCUUUACCCCAAACCAAUUAGUGCUCUGUUAGCGAUUGGGAAUUAGGUAUAUAGUUGGGAGGGGGAGGGGGGCUGUUGGAGGAAGGGAGGUUGUAUUGUCUCAACUCUAACCUAUUUGUGAAAGUAUAUGCCAUCCCAAAAGUGAAUUACCCUUGUGUCACUCUAAAAAGAAAAAGAAAGUAGGACAAUGUUGGGGUAGGACAAUUUGAAUAAGUCACUGUUCCAUUUGUGCUGAAGGUAUAUGACUGGUUUUAAAAGGCCAAAUUGUAUUUACUCUGGCAGCCAGCUGUGGCUAGUGAAGGAGGCUCAGCCUUUGCCUGUAUUUCUGCAGUAGAAAUUAGUAAUGAAGUAAAUGAGAAAUAUUCUACCAUUCUAAAGUUCAAUGUGGAAAAGCCAUUCUGUGCUGUACUCAAGGCUUUGAAAUCGGCAACGGAAUUUCCAGAUGCAUAUUCUGUUUCCUAAGGAAGUAUUCCCCUCCCAUUGAAGUGAAGGGGAAAUCAGACAAUUUUCUUUGCGUUUGCCAUGAAGAGUUUAAAAAACCAUGGACUUCAGCUGCUGCCGCGCUAUGCACUUUCUUCCGUUCUAAAAUCCUAGCAUAGCAUUUGAUGGACACGCUGAUUGAUACACAAGACUUUUGCAGAUUAAUAACGAAGAUGCUAUUUUCCCCCUUCUUAAUCCUUUCUUUAGCCCUGUUACAAGUGCACAGUUGGUUUCAAGGUGGCUCUUGAGAGAACACUACUCAAAGUUCAUGUGGAUUAUGGACAAUGUUCACUUUAAAAAAAGUGUGGGGGUUGUUCCUUUGCAGUAUCUGUUCUGUGAAGUUUGUUAAACGUAAAGAAAGCUUAAGUUCUUGUAUCUUUAAAGAAAAUCUUAUUUAACCCUUUUUUGUGUUCUAGAUUUACUUACACAUGUAGCCUAGAGCUCAGUUUUAGUUUAACAUUGUGAAGAUAUUAAAAGGAUCUUGUAAUUCUUUUUCCUCCUGCUUAAAAGAAACAAAACCAUUAAACAGAUCAAAGUUUCAA